AUGGGGGAUAAAAACAACGUCACUGAAUUUAUCCUGUUGGGUCUGUUCAAUAAUCAAGAAAUGAAGGAAGCUUGUUUUGUUUUCUUUUUGUUUUGCUAUCUUGUGAUCUUGCUGGGGAAUUUCUUCAUCCUGACCACCAUCAGAUUUAGUCAACUCAGUGAACAGCCCAUGUACUUUUUCCUAAGUUACUUAUCUUUCAUGGAUGUCUGUUUCACCUCCACGGUUGCUCCAAAACUAAUUGUGGAUUUGUUGUCUCAGAGAACAAUAAUCUCCUACAACAACUGCAUGGUCCAGUUGUUCUAUGGUCACUUCUUUGGUGGCACAGAGAUCUUUAUCCUGGUGGCAAUGGCCUAUGAUCGCUAUGUUGCCAUCUGCAAGCCACUACAUUACAUGGUCAUCAUGAGUAGACGGGUAUGCUAUCUAAUUGUGCUGGCCUCCUGCAUAGGGGCAUUCCUUCAUUCAAUCAUGCAAGUACUGAUUGCUGUGCAGCUGCCUUUCUGUGGCCCCAAUAAAAUAGACCAUUAUUUCUGUGAUGUGUUUCCUUUGCUAAAGCUGGCCUGCACAGAUACUUUCUUGUUUAUUAUUGCGAUAAUUUGCACAACUGGAAUUCUGUGCAUUUUGACCUUUGUGGCUUUGAUCAUUUCUUACAUCAUUAUCCUAACCACCUUGAGGACUCACUCCUCAGAGGGUCGGCGCAAGGCCCUUUCCACCUGUGGAUCACAUAUUACUGUAAUCCUCAUAUUCUUUGUGCCCCUCAUCUUCACUUAUGUCCCUACAAGUGAUUCUGUCAAUGAAGAUAAGGUAUUUGCCCUCUUUUACACCAUCAUUGCCCCCAUGUUCAACCCUCUCAUCUAUUCCCUGAGAAACACUGACAUGAAGAAUGCUAUGAGGAAAGUGUGUUACCUCUCUAGGACCAAGACUAAUGAGCUUAUAGGAAUUUCUGUUUUUUAUCACAACUCUCUCUCUUGA